AUGUCUUUUGUAGUUGUUUGGCAAAUGUUCCCGCACAAUAGUGGUAAACGUACAGGCCAUAGUAUAGUAUGGUUGCCUCCAUUGGUGAGUUCUUUGAGUUCACCUUUCUUCGUACUUUUAUUCCACGCAUGGAUAUCUCUGUAUGUCACUGCAUGUGAUGGAACUGUAGUUGGUACUCUGCUUCCCUCCCCCUCCCACAUAUAUACACACACAUUAUCUCCUCAUUGGGAUACUGAAUUUCUCAGUUGUGUGUGUGUGUGCGACACUUUGUUUUAUUCUCCUGACAGAUGUUGUGCAUAUGUACAGUCAUAA